AUGAAAAUGAAACGGUCUCUGAAUUGUAUUGAGUCAACACCACCAACAUCAACACCACCAACAUGCCGACGGCCAAUUAUCAAUUUCAAACGAAGUUUAAACAGUUCAGAAGAUGGAAGCACCAGUUCGUUUAAAUCGAAUAUUGUUGAAUCGUUGCAUCAAAAUCAUCGAGCCACACUACUCUAUGGAAAAAACAAUGUGCUCGUGCUUCCGAAAGAUGUAACGGAACCGUUACCGGGCUAUUUGAGUUUGCAUCAAAGGCCACACUCAUUGAUAAUUAAAUGGACACCAAAUCAGUUAAUGAACGGUUACAUUGAAAAAGAUGAUCCGGAUGCAACUUCUUAUUGGGAUUAUUUUAACGAAUUAACAAUGACUAUAAAUGUUGAGGAUAUCGUUUAUGUGCAUUGCCAUCAACAAUCAAGCGGCCAGGAUACAAGUGGCACCAUAAUUCUCGUAGGGCAUGAUGGUGUACAGCGUUCGCCGAUCAUAUUUCCAGAGGGUGGACAUAUGGCAUCGUUUCUUCGUGCAUUAGAAACUGGUCUACUACCACAUGGUCAACUCGAUCCACCAAUUUGGUCGCACAAAGGUAUCGGUAAAAUCUUUCCAUGGGCUUCGAAAAACAAACGCAAACCAUUACCGCUUGUUAUGGAAUCGGAAUCGGAAGAAGAUGUUCCAAUUGAUUAUGUUUUUCGCAUUGUUAACAAAUCAAACAAUGAAGAAUUUCGCGAAUUUUUAUCCAAAUUUCAAGUGAAUCAUCUUCGCAGUAAAUUGCAAUCAGUUACAAGCGCAUCAAUUUUAGAUUUGGGUCGUACAAGCCCAAGACGAUCACAUCUCAGUAGUUCGUCUACGAAUGAAAGUAGUGACGGUUCCAAUAAAAGUCUGUCAUUAGACGUGUACGCACCAGACAGCCCAUUAGUUGUCACCACAAAUCAAACGGCAAGUAUUGCAUUAGUUUGUACAACGAUGCGCAAACAAAUUAUAUCACGAGCCUUUUAUGGGUGGUUAGCGUAUUGUCGGCAUCUUUCAACCGUACGAACUCAUUUAUCUGGAUUAGUAAAUGGACGAAUAACGCCAGAAAAUGGUGCCGAAAGCGGACUAACAAAAGAUGUAUGGAAUACAUUGAAUGUGAACGGCGUUAUAAGCGAUUCAGACGAAGUAUAUCGUUUGGUUUAUUUUGGUGGUGUUGAUGAAAAAAUUCGCAAUGAAGUCUGGCCAUUUUUAUUGGGCCAUUACUCGUUUGGUUCAACGGCCGAAGAGCGUUCGGAACUUGAUGAAACCAGUCGACAUUAUUAUGAGACGACAAUGAGUGAAUGGCUUGCGGUUGAAGCAAUUGUGCGACAACGUGAUAAGGAAAAAACUGCAAUGGCUGUUGCUAAAUUGAGUUCGGAAAGUGGAAGUGAUCAACAGCAAAAGGGGAAAAAAGUUGGACUGGAUCCAGACAAUGAUAUUGAAAACGAUGUAUUCGAAGAGAAUGGAUAUUCGGAUAUGUCCGAACCAGAGGAGUACGAUGACGAUCAACCGCAUCGCAAAGAUA